GUCCGUUCCCUUUUCCAUCCAGUUCUCUUUAGUGUUUGCCGAUGUUGGAGGUGUAACUGGGGUCUGGCCCUGGACUAAGAAAAGAGCAUGGCUCAAGUGAAAGUACAGACCUCAGCACCCCUGGCUGGUCCUGGCCUCUCUCCUGGACUUUCCCCACCGGCCAUGGCCAGCCCAGGAUCCGUGGGUCUGCAGCCCUCCGUCAAUGGCACAGGCCCGGCCCCCACACCCACCUGCCCUGCUCCUGCAGUCGGAUAUGGGGAUGCCCCUGUGUCUGCCACACCACCAGGCCCGCCUCAGGAGAACAUGGCAAACCCUAAAGAGAAAACUCCAAUGUGUUUGGUGAAUGAGUUAGCCCGUUUCAAUAGGAUCCAACCACAGUACAAGCUCCUUAAUGAGAGAGGCCCUGCACAUGCUAAGAUCUUUACAGUGCAGCUGACUCUUGGGGAGCAGGUGUGGGAGGCGGAGGGCACAAGCAUUAAAAAGGCCCAGCACUCCACGGCUGCCAAAGCGCUUGCCGAGAGUGUUCUUCCCAGGCCAGCGCCCCGCUCCCCUAAAGUGGAUGUUAACAGCAACCCAGACAGUAUAACACCCACAGUGGAGCUGAAUGGUCUGGCCAUGAAGAGAGGAGAGCCAGCUGUAUACAGGCCUUUGGAUCCUAAGCCCAUGCCCAACUAUAGAGCUAACUACAACUUCAGAGGGAUGUUUAACCAAAGGUACCAUUAUCCUGUUCCUAAGAUCUUCUAUGUGCAGCUGUCUGUGGGGAGUCAUGAAUUUAUUGGUGAUGGACGCACCCGCCAAGCAGCCAGACACGAUGCUGCCAUGAAGGCCCUGGAGGCCCUGCGCAACGAACCCAUCCCUGAUCGGCCACCACAGAACCCAGAGGAGAAAGGGGAGACUGAGGAAGGCACGGAUGCUAGCAAAUCAGAGAUCAGCCUGGUCUACGAAAUUGCCCUUAAAAGGAACUUGUCUGUCAACUUUGAGGUGUUGAAGGAGAGUGGUCCCCCACACAUGAAAAGCUUCCUGACCCGUGUCACCGUGGGGGAGUUCUCUGCUGAGGGAGAGGGCAACAGCAAGAAGCUGUCCAAGAAGCGUGCUAAAACAAAGACACACUACAAGAAACGUACCAAGACCAUCCUCAAGACAGGACCAGACUAUGGCCAGGGCAUGAAUCCUAUCAGCCGUCUGGCCCAGAUCCAGCAGGCCAAGAAGGAGAAGGAGCCCGAGUACCUGCUGCUUUCUGAGAGGGGGAUGCCCCGACGCCGGGAAUUCAUCAUGCAGGUGAAGGUGAACAACGAGGUUGCGACGGGAACAGGACCCAACAAGAAGGUGGCCAAGCGGAACGCAGCCGAGGCCAUGUUGCUACAGCUGGGGUACAAGGCUUCCACAGGCCCUCAGAACUCCACCGAGCUGGACAACAAAGGCUGGAAUGGACAAAAGGCGCCUUUUACCGAAACAACAAGUAACACCCAAAAAGGUCUACUCCACCUCAGCCCUGAUGUCUACCAGGAGAUGGAGGCCAGCAGAAAGCAGGCGGGCAGUGCUCCAUGCUCUGGUGGAAGCAGUGGCGGCUCUGUCAACUAUAUUUCUUCCAAAGACAUGGGGCCCUGCUCUGUCCCACUGCCCCCCGGACACACUCCAUACUAUAGCAGCUCGGCCUCCUCAACCAGUCCAACUGCUACCAUGGCCAGGGAGCUACUGCUUAAUGGUCAGUCACCUACAGUCGAUGCCUCCCUUUCCAUGAAGGGGAAGAACCCGGCCCUUGCCUGCGGCGUCUCGGUGCAGCCUGCGCAGCAGCUGGACUACCUGGCUCACAUCCAAGGCUUCCAGGUGCAGUAUAAUGAUGCACAGAGUGGCAAGGAUUUUGUGACCUACCUGACCCUCUCCCCUGUGCACAUGACUUUCCACGGCACCGGGAGCACCCUCCAAGCCAGCCAUGACCAGGCUGCUCUAAGUGCCUUGAAACAGCUGUCGGAGCAGGGACUGGACCCAGUGGAUGGCCCCAUCAAGACCAAUGAACCAUGUGGGAGGGAGGACGGACAUUAAACAGACUAACUCAGGCACCACCACUCAGGUCUGCAAC